CCCCCCCCCCCCCCCCCCCAGUUUGCAUUCGUCACGACGUCGUCAUCCUUCACGUACACCAACAUGAUGGUUGCAUCGUUUUCGUUCGUGAUUUUCGCUGUUAUCUUAACUGUUAGAGCGGCAAAAUCCAUCGUACCCACAACGGAACAACCCGUUCCACUCAUCUACUCGGAGGUGAUUAUUGGAAACACGGCCGAGUUAACCUGCGACCUGAAAUCGUCCGUGCCUGGUGACUACGUCCUGCUCGUCCUGUGGUACAAAGACGGAGAAACGAUGCCGUUUUACAGUGUGGACGCCAGGGGCAAAUACAUGAAAGACGCCCAGCACUGGUCGGACGACAAGAUGAUGCUCUACGGCCGUGCCCAUCUCAAAGCCAACAGCGAUAAAGUGCGCCUCGUUCUGGAGCCGGUGCUCCGCGAGGACGAAGGCAUCUACAAAUGCCGGGUCGACUUUAAGAAAUCACCGACUAGACACUACCGCAUUCACCUGGCCGUCAUAACGCCAGCCUCCAAGCCAGUCAUUACGGAUUCAAAAGGGAUUGAGAUGAGGAACGUCAGCGGGCUCUACGAUCGCGGGACUCCGCUCACCCUCAUCUGUACCGUCACGCAAGGUCAACCUGUACCCCGCGUUAUCUGGUACGAAGAUGGACGGGCCGUCGAAGGCCUGCUGGAAUAUCUGCCCAACAAGCAAAUUCGUAAUGUGCUACACAUCGCAGAAUUGAGCCGGGCAAACCAUCACGUCCGCUAUUCUUGCGCCGCUUCCAACAGCCGCAUCCUACCGCCGCUCGUUUCAGCCGUCACCAUCCUUAUGCGACUGCCCUUGUUGGAAGUCAAAAUCGAAAAGGAGAGCAGGGCAGUGUCGGCUAAUAAACCACAACAGGUCACGUGUCGAGCUGUUGGUUCCAGUCCGCCGCCGCACAUCUCUUGGUGGAAAGCUGGCGCCCGUCUCCAGGCCAGUCACGAAACGACUUCGUCGGACGGCAACAUCAGCUACAGCAGUUUGACAUUUGUGGCCAUUGCAGAAGAUGGUGGCCAGUACUUGACCUGCCGUGCUGAGAAUCACGAACUACCCGCUUCGGUCAUGGAGGACACUCUGAAACUCGACGUUCAAUACGUUCCAGUCGUCCAUUUGGAGCUGGGCAGCAAACUGCAAAUGGCCGCCAUCAAAGAAGGCGACGAUGUCUACAUGGAGUGCAAUAUCCGGGCACACCCUUGGGUCACCAAAGUAACAUGGAAGCACAACGGUCGGGCCGUGCAGCAGAACAGCAGCGCCGGGAUCAUCAUGAGCAACCAGAGUCUAGUGCUGCAGCGGAUCGAUCGCCAGACAGCCGGCAUCUACACUUGCCUGGCCACUAACGUCGAGGGACAGGGCGAGAGCAAUGCUUUGGCAUUGCCUGUCAAAUUUCGGCCGCAUUGCCAACCGGGUCAACAAACGGCUUACGGAGCUUCUCGCAACGAAGUGGUAACAGUGCGCUGCGCCGUGGACGCCCACCCAGCCACUGAUCUAAGCUUUCGCUGGAUGUUCAACUCGACGGUGGCCGUGACAGAAGUAGCCAACAACACCAUUUCAUCUUCCGGAUGGCAGAGUAAUGUCACACAUCGAAUAUACCAAAACGAACAGCAGGAUUAUGGGACUCUUCUUUGCUGGGCACGCAACGCUGUCGGCGAACAACGUGAGCCUUGCGUUUUCAACAUCCAACCAGCAGGCGAGCCUUCAGCGCCAUACAAUUGCACCGUUAACAACAUCACAUCAAAUGGCUUGUCAAUCAACUGUCUAGCAGGAUACGAUGGCGGUUUAACUCAAUUUUUCAACUUGCAAGUGCUUCAAGCAAAGGCACACAACAGAGUUGUGUUCAACGCUACUGGCGUACAAUCUGGCGAUUUCAACGUCUUUCCAUUAGAGCCGGCCACGUCGUACGAGUUGCACAUUUGGGCAGAAAACGCUAAAGGUCGAAGUUCGUCCGUCGUCCUCAUGGCCGAAACGAGUGUCAGUCAAGCUGUGGAACGUCGCGCUGGAUUGGUUGGACCAACGACCCAAGCCGUUGUGUUCCACAUGACACCGAUACUGGGCGCUCUGAUCGGUAUUGUUGCUACGCUCAUUAUCGUCGCUGUCGCUAUUGUCUUUAUCGUGAGGACUAGAGAAAGGGACGAAGGAACGCCGAACGGCUCGGCUAACAAACUUUCAGUCAAUACAGCACAAAGCAAAAGCACAAGUCAAUUGAAUGCAGAGUCCGGUAGCAUCACUGCUAGCAGCAGCAGUCAGUUAACCAAUAACAAAAGAGAUUCGGUUGGAAACGCUUUACUUCAACAGAAACACGACGACGAACAUAACCCUGACGUCGUUCCCAACAAAAAUGAUUCAAAUACGAGAAACGUCGGAGUUAGUACAAUAAGCAUGGCCGGACAGAUCAAUCUUCAUUAUUCGACUGCGUCCGGAGAGCAGAGUAGCAAUAAUCAAAGUUACACUUCAUCCGCCUAUACCCCAUCUCAUCUAGGAUACGUCGCUUCGACUGAGCAUGACGUCAUGCUGAGCCACGUGACCGUUCCUAUGAUGUCGAUGAUGCGGAGCGACGGCUUCGCUUCGGCCACCUCGUCUCUUACUAGGACUGGACAACUCCCACACCUGCCACCCUCACAUGCAUCCAAACAUCAAUUCGACAAUUACCCAACGACUACAGUGGCCGGAACGUAUACGGUGGGUAGUCAUGCGAGUGGAAAAGGUGUCAUCGUUUCUCCUGGCCGACAUCAUUCCCAUCGUCAUCAUAUGCACCACCACCAUCAUCCCCUUGCGACAGUGUCCGUUAUCGAAGAGGAGUUGAGCACAGUUUCAACUCCACUCAUGUCCAGCACUGGCAGCAUUUCGCCGCGAGCCGUCAAUCCGCGGGAAAGUGCCGUCUAAUCGCAGACAACAAUUUCUUUUUUCAAAAGCAAAAGCAAAAUGAAAAGAAAAAAAAACUCAUCCAUUUAACUCAAAAAAUAAUAAUCCGAGAUGUACAUAAGCGCGAUGGAUUUAAUAAUGCCAUUAUUUUAUAAUUAUGUAGUAGUACGUCCCGUCAUUAGCGAUUCUAAAUGAUGAAAGGAGUUUGGGAUAUAUCUGGAAUCAAAAGGCAACCUCUCAUACGUUAGAACACACUCCAUCAUCCCGAGAGGGAGGAGGGAAGAUCAUUCGUUAUAUGGAGCGAAAAUCUACUCGCCUGAUUGGCAUAUCACACACACACACACACACACACACACAUACAUUCACAUACGCCUGAAUCAGAGAUUUUCAAAAUAAAAAAAAAUCAAUACAUUCACGCAGAGAAGUACGGAGGGUGGUGCUAAUUGAUCUUAUCGUUUGUCCGCUUCUUCACAUUUUACAAAUAAAAACGAACCAUUUGGUCUUCGCGUUUGAAUGGAAAUUUUACCAAAUACAACUAUCAAAA